GUGGAGGUGAGGAGGUGUCGCUCCCGGCCCCGCCAAACCAAAGUGAAUACGCGCUCGCUCACUCCUCUCGCGGAACCAUGAUUCCCAAAAGUGGGGGUGACUACGCUUACAUCCACGAGGCUUUUGGGCCCCUCCCCGCCUUCCUGUACCUGUGGGUGGCGUUGGUGAUCAUCAUGCCCACUGGCAACACCGUCAUCGCUCUCACCUUCGCCAAUUACAUCCUUCAGCCGCUCUUUCCCAACUGCGAGCAGCCCCCAGACAUUCCCGUGAGGCUCAUUGCUGCCGCUGUCAUAUUUUUUCUAACGUGGGUGAAUUGUACCAAUGUGAAGUGGGCGACCAAAGUGCAGGACGUAUUUACCGCAGCCAAGGUGUUGGCUCUUGUGAUAAUCAUCGUCGCUGGUAUAUACCAUCUGGCUACAGGCAACCUGGAGAACUACCAGAAGCCUUUCGACAACACCAACUGGGACCUCGCUGCCUUCGCCACAGCCUUCUACCAGGGGCUCUUCUCCUUUGCUGGGUGGAACUACCUUAACUUCGUUGUGGAGGAGUUGAAAAAUCCAUACAGAAACCUACCACGUGCCAUUAUGAUCUCAAUGCCACUCGUGACUGUUGUUUACUUUCUGGCAAAUGUGGCUUACUUUGCUGUGCUCACGCAGAGUGAGAUUCUGUCUUCCAGUGCCGUAGCUGUGUCAUUUGGUAAUCGUAUGCUGGGUGUGAUGACAUGGACAAUGCCUUUCUUUGUGGCAUGUUCAACAUUUGGCAGCUUGAACGGUGGAAUCUUUGCCUCUUCACGGUUGUUUUUCGUUGGUGCUCGACAGGGUCAUCUUCCGCAGAUCCUGGCACUUAUUAAUAUAAAAAAUUAUACUCCAGUCCCAUCGCUAGUGUUUUUGGGUAUCAUGACAGUAUUCAUGCUAAUUACAUCAGAUAUGCAAGUCCUCAUUAACUAUAUCUCAUUCACUGAGUCACUGUUUAUUCUUUUGUCCAUUGCGGCACUGCUUUGGCUGCGGAUCAAAGAACCCAAUCGACAUAGGCCUAUAAAGGUGUGGAUUGGGUUCCCUAUCCUGUUCUUCACCAUCUGUCUAUUCCUGGUGGUGCUUCCAAUUGUUCAGAGGCCCAUUGAAUUGGGUGUAGCCAUUGGCAUCAUAUCCAUAGGGAUCCCCGUUUAUUUCUUUGCUAUUCAUCGAGAAGAAAAGUCAAAGUGGUUUAUGAAAUUUAUGGAGAGGGCUAUGUACGUUUCUCAAAUGCUGUGUAUCAGUCUACCUGAAGAAAAGCAAGAUUGAGAACAGUAUUUAUUAAUGAAGGAAUUCUUAUACAAGCUUCUGCUUCUCUCCAUAACCCCACUUAUAUAUAUUUAAAAGUACAGGGGUAUCAGUGCCUUUUUUAGAUUUCCAGAUACUUUGGAAUACCUCCAAAGUUUAUACCAAUGACCACAUGCUUUCUGGACAUAACUUAUUCAGAAAUGCCAGUUUCUCAUUUUUGUGGCAUCCCGACUAAAAUCACAGAUAAAGCUGUCAGAGUGACCAGUUCAAAUAAAUUUUGCGAUACAGUUAUGAGCACGAGUGGCUGGGAAGCAUUGCUGUCCAUCUGAAAAAUGUUGCAAGUAGGGUGGGGGGGGUGAAAAGCUGGAGGGAGAGGCAUCUUUUGUUCAUGCGACCAACACAGGUCUCAAACCCAGAUUUGUUUUUGUUUGUGGUUUACCUAUUAAGCAUCCAUUUCUCUCAUAUCCCUGGAUAUAUUGGUCAAAUUUAGGAAUGUCCAUAAGCCAUGUUGAGGACAAAAGUUAGUGAAUAUUACUGAGUUUGGGCUCAGAGGCUGUUUAUUUUGCAGUUUGGGCUCAGGGAAAGUCAAUGGGUCUGUUUUGGAAAAAUUUAAUGGCUGGCCUUCAUUUUUGAAGUGGUAAGUAUCCAUGAGUUUGGCUCAAUGGAGGUACCAAAAAUGUAUUCUGAAAAUGGUUAUGAGACUAUAUGUCUUUAAAUAUUAAUUGAAUCAAGUUACCACAAUAUUUUACAGAAAAUCCUUGAGAAAAAAUCUUAUGGUUAAUUUAAUUUUGAGAACGAGUUAAUUUUGAGAAUUUCAUUUUUGAGCUUCUUUGAGUCAGAACUAAAUAUUGGCCCUUAUCUUUUGGCAAAGGCAGCCUUUGAAAAAUAUAGUUUAGUGGAUAGGGAAUUGGGAAUAUUAGAUAUGUGAGGGCAAACUAUAGUUAGGUUCUUCUUGGAAAUAUUCAUAAAAUACCAGGAUGAAAUUAAGAUUUUGCUGGCAGAAUUUGCCAAUAUAGGAUGAGAGAAAAAAAUAGGGUUUAAAUGGUACCUCCUUUAAUAUUGUGCCUAAUAAGCUUUUAAUGAUUUUCAUCGAAGGGCACAACAUUGGAAGUAGGUAGCACAGUAGUUAGUGCCAUGAAAAAGUCAUUAAGCGUACAGUACCACAAAAUUAUACAAGAACUACUUUUCGAACUAAACAGGUUUUCUGUUGAUCUCGAUCCUAGGGCAUCCUGGAAGCAUGUGAUCAUCUGAGUGGUGUAUUUGUAUGUAAAUUAAUUGUUAUAUAUACAGUAUACACAAUAUAUACCAAUUUAUUCUUUUAUAUGUGGUUAUUGUACAGUAAUUAAGGGUGAUAGUGCAUAUGAACCAUACGGGUGGCAUUUUGUCCAUACCUUCUCCUGCCUACUUGUUGAGGUUGUCUUGGCCUUGUAUUUUUGUCUUUAAUGUGUAGUGUCCAAGACUUAUUUUGUGUACUUUUAUAAUUGUGGUAUAGAAAAAAUGUCAAUGAAUUUCAAAUGUGGUGAAAUUUUCAAAUACAGUGUACAACAUGAAUUAUCAUUGAAGAUUUCCACCUUCUAUUUUGUGAUUAGCCAUAAAUUUUAUAUAAAUUACAAAAAUUUCCUUUCAAAUAUUAAUAAAUUUUUGUUACACAAUAUCACUAAAGGCAUGUCAAACAAAAUGUGAUGCAGUAGUUUUUAUAUUUUUUACUAGAUAUUCAUACAGUGAUCAAAUACCUCACUCAUACAUAAAUAGUAAAUGAAUUACUGAUUAUUGAUGUAAAUAAUCAGAUGUAGAUAAAUAGAAUGAAGAGAAAACAGAGGAUCUAUCUUUUUGUCUCAUUCACAUAAAGGAGAAGUAUAGCUUUAUCUUAAUCUUCUGUCCAGUUAUAAAAUAUUUGAGAAUGUCAAAUAUUAUUUAUCUUUUAUUAAUAAAGGAAACUAUAACUAUGCCCUAUUGAUUAUAGAAAAAACUUGCCAAGAAUUGAAUGUACCAAAUCAAAUAAUUUAAGAAACAACUAUACAUUAUUAAGUUUUAUCUUGUUAAUCCCACAUUCAUCUUAAUUCAUGUCAUGCAAUACAAUAUGUCUAAAAGUACACAUAUAGUAAAUAUUCCUUUUAUGUGAUUACUGUACAGUACUUUGAAAUUUGGUCAAUGGUUGAUUUAAUCACUGAGGGUUACUUCAGGAAAUAUGUUUAAGAAAGUGGUGUUUAGAUAAUUUGGAUAUUUUUUUUAUAAUCAUUAUUUUUACCUUGGUUAUAAAACUAUUGGUAGUGAAGAUAAAUUGAAAAAUAUUGACAUGGGAAGUUUGAUACCACAUGGUUAAGAGGUGCUGAAUGUUAAUAAUAGUUCUUACCAUAUGGCUCAAAAGGGCUGAAUAUGAAGUACCAGUCAAUACCAUAUUGCUGAGAGGUGCUGGAUGUGAAGUACAAUUUGAUACCACAUGGCUGUGAGGUGCGGAGUGUUAAGUACCAUUUGAUACUACAUACUGUAACUUAAAGAGUAUCAAUAAAGUACCAAUUGUGUGACACAGGGUAACACAAGACACUAAGCAUGACCAAAUUUCUGUGGGUCUUGGAAGUAGAGUUGCGUUCAUUCCCAACUCAAAAUUGGAAAUGCUGGGUUCGAAUCCUGGAUGGGACAGAAAUUGUUGGGCACAUUUCCUGUCACCUAAUACAUCUGUUCACUUAGCAGUAAAUAUGUACCCAGGAGUUAGUCACCUUGUUGUGGGGUUGCAUCCUGGGAGGGUCAGUACUGUAGUUUGAAUUGGGGGACCUUGAUGUAUAUACAGUAUAUACAAUUAGAUACAAGUAUCCAAUUGCCUCUUUGUCCCCCCUCAUUUUCGCAAAAGUGUAGAACCCAAAUUUGAGUGCCUUGAACAGUCAUUUUGUACAAAACUCGGUAAGAGAACGCAAAUUUAACUCAGACAAUCAUAUGGUGUAGUUUUAAAAGCUAAGCAAUGAUACUUCUUUUAUGAUUGUAAUGAUCUUUCAUGCUUUAAUAUCUGUUAGUACAUUAACUGUUAAAUUGUUUUUAGUGAUUAUCUGAAUAUUUGAUACUAUUAUUUACUUUUGUUAAAUGAUUUUAAUAUACAUUGAAUACUACAAAAUGUCCCAGACUUACUGCGAUUUUAUAUGAUAUUCCUAUACGGAUCUUACUUUUUCAGUAUGUCCAACAGUAGUGAAUCAAGGUUUUAUCAUAAUAGUAUUGGUAUGUUUCAAAGUUACAGUAUUUCUCAAAGUAUGACCAUUCCGCUUGUUCUUUGUUCUUAACCAUUAUGAGACCAUAUGUGAUGUAUUAUAGGCUUGUUGAAAUGCAAUUCUGUUUCUCCCCCGCCAGAAGAAAGUGGGAAAGUGUGUAGUGAUGAUAAGAUGUGACCCUUAGCUCAUUAAAGAUAUUUUUGAUGUUAAGGAAUUUCCUAUUUAUCUAGGACUGAAGGUUUUUAAUGUUAAAAAUUGUUUUGUUAAUUUUAAAAUAAUACUUUUUAUUUUAAUAAUUUUAUUUGUAUUUAAUUCCAUUGUUUUGUGAAGCAAACUGUGGGUUGUGUACAGUUAAUCUAUUGGAAUAUUAUUUAUUAAGUCACAAAUUCAUAAAACAUCAUGACUGAUGUUGAUCUUCAUCUCCUUGGGUGCCAGUAUUUAUUUCUCAAUUAAUUACGGUAGCAGGUACCAUGUCCUCAAAUAAUAGGGUACCAACAAAGAUGCUUUUAAUUAUCAGGGUACCAACAGCAUAUCUUCAAUUAUCAUGGUAUCAACUACACCUACCAUAUCUUAAAUUUUUAAGGCACGCGAGACUGUGUAUUCAUUCAACAGAUUAACAUUAUCCAUAUCUCUAUUUUAAUCAGGCUACCAGCAGCUAUUAAUUUUUUUUAAUGACUAAUGACCAUAACUUUAUUAAUUAGAGUAGAGAAAGAGGUAAAUUAUCAGGAUUUUUUCUUGAGCAUAGUAACAGGCUUGUACAGUGAAAAUAUUAGGCUUUAAAGUCUAUACUAGCCUUUUAUUAUACUGUACUGUACUAAAGUGUAUACUUUUAUGUCAAGCAAUAACAUACUGUAUUAAAUGUGUAUUAGGAUAAAGAAUGUUUCCGGUUUCAGUUAUUCAGCGAGUAAAUUUAUUUGGAGAUCAAAUUAAUGAUAAUACUAAAUUUAUAAUUAACUAAUCAUGUCUAUAGCAUACUUGGAUCCCUAGAAAUGUGGCUUAUUGUAAAUAAUUUGUUUGGACAACCAUGACUUAAUUGAUUGCAUACUAGUAGUCAUAAGUAGACAAUGGGUUACAUUAACAUGGCUGAAGAUUAGAUACCCAAUCCCACAGAUCUGAAAAGGAAAAGUUGACCGAGAUGUCCUCGAUUCUUAGUGUUCAGAUUUGUGGGGUGGGUGUCCAGUGGACAUAUCUUCACCAGCCGGGUUAACAGCAGCUAUUUCCCAAAUAAAUGGGUAACAUUAUUUUGGUUAUUAACGACCAUAGGAAAACGAUGUCAAUUUUGCGGACUAGGAAUAUAUUAUGCCGAACAUAUGUUGCCACCAUAAACAACAUAAUUUCUGAUACUUUAGAUUAUUUGAAAAAUGUAUUAACAGUAGAAAACUUUGUUUUAGCUUAGCAUUUCAAUAAAUUUCAAAAUAGGUUUAGGUGUUGAAAAGUAAACAAAAAAAAUGCAACUGAAUUAUAUUUGAACUGCUCAACUUGUACGUGAGGAAAACAAUACAGUAUUGGAAACGUAGUGAUGGUGAAUUAAAGUGCUGAAAACUUUGUGAUUAGCUUCUAGUGUACAGCAUAUGGUUUUAUUCAAACCAACGCACGAAUGUAAAGAAUAUAGUUUGUAGAAUUUUUACGUUACCAAUUAUUUAAUGAUAGUUUUUAUACCCUUUUCCAGACAGAUACUUAUUUUCAGACUCUUUAACGGUGCAGUUCACCAGUAACUGUUUUUACUUUAUUGUUUUUAAACUUUUUAUGUUCUUGGCUUAAGCGGAGAUGAUAUCAAGAAAACAGACUUUCAACCACUGAUCAGUAUACAUAUGGAGAUUGUUUAUUUGGACUUCCUUGCAGUGGUGGCUCAAUGUACCCAAAAUUUAUUUGAAGCCAAAGGUGCUUAAUUAAAGUCACAGCAUCCAGAGACAAAAUAAUUAUGUAAAUUGACAACUGACAAUCUUCCCUGCCUUCUGCUGUUUGAGCUUCCACUGUUCUUUGUCAGUUAUGGUUGUUGACUGCAUGAUAAGUUCAGUGGCAGAUGUUCUAUAUUAUGAUGAAAGGUUCAGUGUGAACAGAGCCACUGAGCCACAUGAUGCCAUCAUUUGACUUCAAAAGGGAACUUUGUGUCAGCCAGACCAUCUCUGCUAAUCAUACCAAGUAAGCAAUUGCCAUACAUUGUAUGGAGUGCUGAUAUUAAUUGUUGUAAUUUAAUUCCAUUUUAAAAUGCUAAUUAUUCUGUGAUACACUACUUGGAAGAAAUAUAACAUUACUGUUAUAUUAGCACAAUGUACAUCACAAUUGAGUAUCACAGCAAACUCAAAGUUGGUUGUCGGAGCUAAUGUAAUAAUGCUUGUGUGUGCAGAAUUGUUUUAAUGUUAAUAAAACAUUGAUAUAUAACUGUCUUGAUGCUUCCAUGUUCUGGUAUGGGGUACAAGACCUCUGCUUGAUGUGUUCAAAUACUUUAACAUUUGUCUUCCUAAUGUGAAUGUUUUCUUUCCAUUUUCGAUACUCUAUUUUUGCUAUUUUUCUAUUAAACUAUUUUUUCUUCUCAGAUUUGUACUUUAUAUAGUAAACUACAUUUGUAAUGUUUUUGUUUUAUACGACUGUAUAUAUUUGGAGAGUUUUGAAUGCAUAAAGAGCAAAUGUUUUCUACAGAAUAAUAAAGAAUGAAAAGUU